AUGCGCCUUAUCUCUGGGUACACUUUCGACUUAGAGGCAGAUCUUCACUGUUUCAUCAUCGCAGCUGUAGUGGUUACAGACUCAGAGCCAGUCCCCUUGACGGUGGGAGGCAGCAGGGCUCCUCUAAGCAAACAUCAGGGAGCACUCGUGAGCAGGUCCUGCGCCCUCAGACAGACGGCGUGUGCCGGGGCGGGGCAGAGCAGGGGACGCGGUUGCUGGUGUCACGAGUGUGGCCUUGGCGAGGCUGCGCUCAGCCUGCACAUGGCCACGGCGGCCGUGCGUUCCCGUGCACCCCGAGGCCUGCUGUCUCUGGUCCCCCGGCUCCCGGCGCAGCACCGCAGCGGGCCUCCUCAGCACCUGCGGUUUAAGGAAACCUAG